CGAACGUGUGCCUUGUCGCCAAGAUCUGGCAUGAUUGCCACAAGAAGCGGAAGCAGCGCCGUGUUGGACGAAGCUUUCGGCCGCCGCAUGUUGGAUGGCACUGCGGAGUGGUCGGAUGUACCUGAGGUCAUCCGAUCGUCUUUCUACGUCCUGCACAAAGCUUACCGCACCUACGACAGGCGGCUGUCUCGUUGCGAACAGUCGGUGGCGUCGUGCUUGGACCGGUUGACCCGAACAGAACUGGGGCUCGUUCGACGGUGUGGCGAAGGCUGUAUGGCAACUGCGCGCGGGCCUUCACAUAGUGCCGAGGUAGCUGGAUUGAAGCAACAACUGUCUGUGUUGCAAGACGACCUGGCGAUGAAAGUCGACAAAAUUGGCUUGCUCUCGACAGUGAAUGGAGCCGUCCGUGAUACCCACGACGAUCACACCAAGGAUAUCGAGGAUAAGCUCCAGACUCACGCUUCUCGGCUGGAAAAUACGAUGCUGAAGGUGAAGACUGUAUUGUCGAGGAAGUUGCAAGCCGUGGAAGUGCACUCGCGCCAGGAUGUCGCAUCGAUCAAACUGCACAUCCAAGAGCAAUCGAAAGACUUGCACGGACUUCAUCAGGAUGCAUCGCGGCUCGAGGCCUCUAUUGGCGAUGCUCAGACAUCGACCGCGGCAGCGCAUGAUCGACUCAGGAACAUCGAAUCAUGCCUUGGUGAAUUGUGUCGAGGUGUUGGGAUGGACAUUCCAGAGCCAUGUACUGCCAGUGUCCUUGCGACCGCCGUCACCUCUGCUCACGUGCACAAGAAUCUUCUCGCCCGAUUCCAAAAUAUGCUUGAGCAUAGCCAGACUCAACUCACUCACACGACGUCCACCGCGCUCGAAGACGUGCGAGAGCAGCUACGGGCGAUCCGACAAAGCGUGCAUCUAGUCGAAGGCAGGAUAUCGGUACCGAUGCAACCUGCGCGUUCGCUUGCGGUUGAGACAACAAACCAACUCGAAUCGACGCGAGCGGGGCAAGUCGAAGAGCAAUUCGAACUGCUGGAGAAGCAAGCUGUCAAGCUCUCUGCCCAGCUCAAGGAGCUCGAAACCAUGACACUCAUGACAGGCACACCUGAUGCCGUCGAACGAGUUGCUCCAGCAAACGUUGAUCUGCGAUACGCCCCGAGCGAUAUCAAAGGCUGGGGCUUGAAUGAUGCCGUCACUCCGCUACCAUACCAUGAAAAUGGCAGCACGGAUGCCCAGAACAUGGAUCAUGAUGAGUCGAGCAGCACCGUUGCGCGGUUGAGCGAGCCCUCUCCGAUGGACUCCAAGAAACUCGACUUGCGACUCAAAAGAGAGCUCUCGAAAGCUCGAUUCGAACAAGUCGCGCGUAGGCAAAAGGAACGGCUGCGGCGGCGGGUCCCAUCCCUUCCUGCGCUAACCUAACAGUCCAUCUCCACACAACGCAUCUAUUUCGUCCGGUAUCGAAUUUUGGCCUCAAUUGACACGCAAGAACCAGCAACUGUCCAAAUCGACGCUGGCGUCGGCGGCUGCAAUGUCGUGAAGGACACGUUGCGUGUCUUGGAUGGCGUCGAGGAACGAAAUUGCCUCCAUGUGCGGGCUCUUUUCCAUGAACGUCUGAUUGAUGCCCAUGAGGCACGUGAGCUCCACCACCCGCAGCCUCGCCGCUUGCCAUAGCAGACGAGUCGACUUGUCUUGGUCGCCUUGACGCAGUGCAGUGGCUGUACACAUGAUGACAAGUACCCACUGGGCAAAUGUAAACUCGUUGUCGUUGUUGUCGUCGGUGUUGUCAUACUUGUUGGAUGGGGUUGCUGCUGUGAAUGCAACGGUGACGUCUUGGCCGUGUGACUGGUGAAUUCGACACCACAACGCUUCGUCCUCUACAAUGGCCGGAAAGGUAUGAAAAAGAGCUCCGUAUUGUACCGUCCGAGCUGCACACGACGUAGCCUA